CACCUCAUCUCUUUGUUUGCUCCUUUUCCAAAUGAUGUGAUAUCGACAGAGUUGCACAGGAUUGAUACAAUUGACUUCAAUUUUAUGAGGCGAUGUCUGCAGAAUGAGGUUGUAGCUCCACAGCACAAAGAGGCUUUACGAAGUCUUCAUCAGCUCGUAAUCAGCAGUCUUGAGGAGGCCGUAAGGAAGGACAAGAGAAACAACAUUUAUGUUUGGAAGUACAGGCUGGAAUGUGGAAGCCAGGAGAACAUCAAUGAACUGUUCAGUCAAACAGACAACAAAAUCUAUCUGAGCACAAACUGGUAUGAGAAGACACUGAACGGAGUGAGCAGCUUUAUAAAAAGAUCUUCAGUGAAGGUUAACAUAAUAUUGGAAUACAAUGGAAUAACUGGAAGUUUUAUUGACUUCUUCUCAAGAUGUGAGGAUAAGAUAUCUUCUAUAAGUUUACUAGAUGGCUUCAAUGAAAAUUUAUUUUGGUUGAUGCGUGAUUUGUUUGAAGAGUACAAAAGAGUGAAAGGAAACAACAGCCUUCCACAGCUCAUCUCUUUAUUUGCACCAUUUCCAAACAAGGUGCCUCUCUCAUUCAUUCAUGAUGAAGAUGACUUACUUUACUUCAGUUUCCUGAGUCAAUGUCACCCAGACAAAGUCGCCGUUCCACAGCACAAAGAGGCUUUUCAAGAUCUUCGGCGAUGUGUACUCAACAGUCUUUGGGAGACUGUAAGAGAGAAACGGAUAAGUUACACUUUGUAUUAUGAAUGUAUGGAGUACUUUGGAGACCAAAAGGACUUUAAUGAAUCUUUGAGGCUUACAAACAAUGAAGUCCAUGUCAACCCAUACUUGACCAAGGAGACACUGAAGACAAUCAGCAACUUUAUAAAAUAUUCCUCAAUUAAAGCUGACAUCAUAGUGGAUUAUGAUGAUGAUGACUGGUACAUAAGUGAAAGUAAAAAAUUUGUUCAGUUCUUGUCAGACUGUCUAGAUGGGAUAUCUUCUAUAUGUUUACGAAAUGCUUUUGGUGAAAAUUCAUUUUGGCGGAUGCGUGAUUUGUUUGAAGAGUACAAAGACAUGAAUGACAACAACAGCCUUCCACACCUCAUCUCUUUAUUUGCACCAUUUCCAAACAAGGUGACUCUCUCAUUCAUUCAUGAUGAAGAUGACUUACUUUACUUCAGUUUCCUGAGUCAGUGUCACCCAGACAAAGUCGCCGUUCCACAGCACAAAGAGGCUUAUCAAGAUCUUCGGCGAUGUGUACUCAACAGUCUUUUGGAGACUGUAAGAGAGAAACGGAUAAGUUACAUUUUGCAUUAUAAAUGUAUGGCGGACUUUGGAGACCAAAAGGACUUUAAUGAAUCUUUGAGGCUCACAAACAAUGAAGUCCAUGUGAACCCAAACUGGACAGAGGAGACACUGAAGACAAUCAGCAACUUUAUAAAAUGUUCCUCAAGUAAAGUUGACAUCAUAGUGGAUGAUGAUGAUCACUGGGGCAUAAGUGGAAGUGAAAGUAAAAGAUUUGUUCAGUUCUUGUCAGACUGUCUGGAUGGGAUAUCUUCUAUACGCUGCAAUGAGGACGUCCUGUUGACCUGCUCUAAAGUCCUUUACACAGGAGGCCAACGUCAGGCAAAGCUCCUGCUAAAAAAGUUGGGUCAGAAAAUAGAAAUUGAAUGGACUUGUCUGAAGAACAGCUCCUGUAAAUAUCUGGGGAAAUUAAUGUCUCUUUGUAGACGAGAUCUGAGUCUGACGCUGACUCCUAAAGCCAUAACUUUGAGAGGACUACUGCUGUUGUGCAAAUCAUGGACGCAUCUUCAAACAUUGAGAAUAACUGAUGUCACAGCAAGACUUAUCUCAAAGUUAAUAAGGACAAAAAGAAAAAACACAUCUGUCAGUGUAAAAGAGAUGGUCAUCCUCAAGGGUUGGUGGCAGUCCACAAUCAAAGUACCUCAUCUUAUUAGUAAUCUGUCCAUAAUCCUGAGACACUGGAGCAUCAGUCAACUGGACCUCAGCAGCUGUGACCUGGAGGGACACUUUGUGACAAACCUUCUGACUCUCCAAGGCCACAUCAGUCUCAAGUUGUCUAAGAAAACUCUCCAGGACUUGGUCUUUAUAAUUUAUGAAGCACAAGAUGUCCCCCUUCUGAAGUCCUUCCUCAAGAAAGUUGGCUAUGACCUGAGCUCCUGUAAGCUCAACUGGAAUGUUCUUCACUUUCUUUUCAGUCACUCAGAUGAAAGAAUUAAAACCAACCUUAGAAGAAGUGACCUUCAGGAACGCAACCUCAUGGAACUCCUGCCAUGGCUUCACAGGGUCCAUCCUUCAGGGAUGAAUGGAAGGCUUUCUAAAAUGUUACUGAAGGUCAUCUUUGAUUCCGGCUCAGUGGAGCUCAUAGACUUGUGGUUACAACUCUCAGACCAUCGUGUUAAUUUUAAUAACAUGGAGUUGGGUUCGAGUCACUGUGAUGCUCUCCGGCUCAUCACUGAACACUCAUGUCAUGUACGACUCAGCCUGUUAUGGACGUCCUUCACAGAUGAGACGGCAGAGAAGUUACUUUCUAUGAUGGGCCGAGUGUCUGAACUGAGUUUGGACAGAAAUACUUUGCUCAAGUUUCUUCAUAAACUCAUAGAAGUGAAUCAACCGGAAACUGCACAACACUUUACCAAAGCACUGCGUUGCACCCUGGACUUUUCUUCUUCAUCUAAGAUAGACAUUUCAAGUGACGACACUUCACACCUCCUUAAGCUGAGCUUCACUGAUUGUCAGGUCAUCUCAAAAUCAGUGGGAUUGUUGAAAGAUAAAAUUGAACUUAACAUCAACGAUUGUGAGAUAGAAGAUGGCGGACUGGAAGUCCUGUUUGACAUCUUUGACAAAGUUCACCUGAGAACAAGUAAGGAGCUUCUGCUGAGGUUUAUUUCGAUGACAGAUGAGAACAACACAAGCAGGAUCAUCUCGCUUGGCAGAGCCAUUGGCAGUACCAUUGAUCUGAGUGGCACCAGUCUGUCAGCAGACACCUGCAGAUCGCUGGCCAUUGUGAUCAACUACAUUGAAGAGGACUGUGAGGUGGACUUGAGCAAAUGCAGCCUUUCUACUGAGUGCAUCGAGCGACUGUCUGCAUGUCUACACAAAAUACAAGACUUGGAUGUUUCAAACAACAAUCUAAAUGAUGAAGCCACUGAAAUACUUGCAUCGACUCUCAGCCAAGGGGAUUCACUCCACGUCAUUGACCUGAGCAGCAACAACAUCACAGAUGCUGGAGCAGCAAAAAUUCACAACGCUCUGAAUGGCAAAUCCAAUCUGAAAGUUGUGAGAAUCUACAAUAAUAAAAUAUCAAACCGUGCCAUCUUUGGGAAGGACCCUCAUUAUGAGAUCUGAUGACUGAAGACUGCUGUAUUGGGGUGACAAAGAGAGUUUUUUUACAGUUUGUUAAAUAAGACUUGUAAAAUUUAAAUCUGUGUGAAAGAAAGACAGGGUUAUAAGAUGCAGCCUGUAAUUGAAUAAAAUAUGUAAACGGGAAUGUGGCGCUCAUAAGGAGAGGCUAAUACUACAUUAACAAUGUAAGUAACAGGAGAUGAACAUGGCAGGCUGGCUUAGGCAGCAUGUUAGUCAGCUGUAAAUCACAUCUUAAGAAGUCUUAUAGUAAGCGAUUGGGAAAACGUCAUUCUGUAGAAAUGUGUGACAAUGAUCAGAGUGUCCUCACUGAGCCAUACAGUAC